AUGGAACCAAUUCACAUUACUCCAAGAACGGGAAGCUUGAAAGAACCAGAGGAUUUGCCUCAUGGAGAACACUCUGCCGAGAAUAUCAAGACGGUGUCUGACCAUGAUCUGCACGACAUCUGGAAGUGGAAUGCACAUGUGCCAGAGAUUAUGAAUGGCUGUAUGCACGAAUUGAUUGCUCAAAGGGUCCAGGAAGACCCUGAUGCUCCAGCUAUAUGUGCAUGGGAUGGAGAUUUAACAUACAGUCAACUAGACAAGCUCUCUACUCGGCUGGCUGAACAUCUUAAGGGUCUCGGUAUUAGACCUCGAGAGAUUGUGCCUCUUUACUUUGAGAAAUCAAUGUGGACGCCACUCGCCAUGCUUGCAGUGAUGAAAAUGGGUGCUGCAUCUGUCAUCUUAAAUGCUGCACUGCCAACAGCCCGAGUCCAGAAUAUCAUCGCCCAGGUUAAUGCUAAGCUUAUAUUAACCUCUCAAUCUCAAUUUCACCUGGCUUGUGAGGCAACAGAUAUUCCUGCUCUUAUUGUGAGCGAGUCAGCGCUCUCUAAUCUCCCGCACUUAUAUGAUGUGCCGCAGUUAUUGCCUGUGGACCCAUCAUCUCCUCUAUAUGUUGUGUUCACCUCCGGCAGUACAGGGCAUCCCAAAGGUGCUGUUAUAACCCAUGCCAACUUCUGUAGUGCAGUCCAUCACCAACAGCACGCUCUCGGGUUUUCCAAGACUGCACGGGUAUUUGAUUUUACGUCAUAUGCUUUCGAUGUAGCGUGGUCCAAUGUCCUUCACACCUGGGCUGCUGGUGGCUGCCUCUGCAUUCCCUCAGAGGCAGACCGUCUAGGAGAUAUUGUUGGGUCAAUACGCCGACUUCGUGCAAACUUUCUGCAUCUAACACCUACGGUAGCACGAAUUCUUGACCCGUCAGCCCUAUCUAGUCUAGAGCAUGUCCUAUUCAUUGGCGAGCCACUCAGGCACACGGAUACAGUGCGAUGGAAAGGCAGACCUCAUAUAUACAAUACCUAUGGCCCCGCCGAAUGCACAGUGACAAGCACCAUUGAGCCCAUCAGUCCGAAUGAGACCAAUGACCCUAGUAUUGGCCGAGCUCUCGGCGGUGUGGCUUGGAUUGUGCAACCAGACAAUCCCGACCGUCUCACCCCUGUUGGGUUGAUCGGUGAGCUCUGGCUUGAGGGUCCUAUUGUGGGCGCUGGCUAUUUUGGUGACUAUGAAAAAACCGCAGCUAGCUUUAUCGAAAAUCCGUCAUGGCUUCUCCAGGGAGCUCCUGGAAUACCGGGACGCCGUGGACGGCUGUACAGAACGGGCGACUUGGUCCGCUACAACGCGAAUGGUUCACUGAUAUUCGUUGGUCGCACGGACACACAGGUUAAGAUCCACGGCCAACGAAUCGAGUUGGGAGAAAUUGAGUAUCAUGUCCGUCAAUUACUUAGUAUUCAAUAUGUCCAGCAUGUUGUUGCUGAAAUAAUUUCCUCACAUUCGACAGGCCGUCAAAAGUUGGCAGUCUUCUUCACAAUUUUGGAUGCAAAAGGGAAUGAGGACGCGCAGCAGAAAGCCAGACCAUUCAUAGCGGAACUUGAAAAAGAGUUGCCGCGACGACUACCGUUAUAUAUGAUCCCUUCGACCUAUAUACCUAUCGCCCAGCUUCCCAUGACAGCGUCCGGUAAGACAGACAGAAAGAUUCUGAGAGAACUAGGUGCUAUAAUGAGUAGGAAAUCAAUCCUUAAGCCAAAUUCAGAUGUGCCAGACAAACAUCUCCUGCUAACUUCUACCACUGAACGCAAGAUGCAGCUCUUGUGGGCAUCUAUCUUUUUGAUUCGACCUGAUGAAAUAAGCGCAAUGGACAGCUUUCUCCGCCUUGGUGGUGAUUCUAUUUCUGCGAUGCGUCUCACAGUCCUUGCGCGACAACAAGGCCUUGCUAUUUCAGUUGGUGACAUUCUUCAGCAUCCACAACUAAGUGAUUUGGCCAAAGUCAUAGAGAACCGUCAAGUUCUCCUAGAGGAGAAGGUCAUCCAGCCAUUUUCUCUACUCGGAGAAAGUGUGAACAACGAUGAGAUCCAGCAACAGGCGGCCGACCUGUGCGCUGUUAAUAUAUCACAAGUUGAAGAUGUCUUUCCUUGUACGCCCUUACAGGAAGGCCUACUUGCAAUGACAGCCAAGUCUCCAGAUGACUAUAUACUGCACAUCACAGUUGAGCUACAACCAGAAGUGAAUAUUGAACAGUUUCAAGCAGCUUGGGAAGAGGUUAUUUCUAUAGCCCCAGUUCUACGUUCAUGCAUCACUCAUCUACCAGGUCACGGAUUAGUUCAAGUUGUGCUACGGAAACCAGUUAAAUGGAAAAAGCAAUCAUCUCUUGAAGAGACCACAAGUAAUGGAUUAGAAAACCCACACUCUAUUGGCGUUGGCCAAGACUUGGCACAAUUCGGGAUUACUGUCGACGCAGUAAAUAACAAACGAUAUUUUAAUCUCUUACUACAUCAUGCUGUAUACGAUGGCUGGUCACUUCCACUGCUACAAGAGGUAGCAGAAAAGAUAUAUAAAGGAGAGCCAUAUGAGCCUCUGGUCCCUAUGCAGCCGUUCAUUCGGUAUCUCCAUAACUGUGAUACAGAAACACAGAAUGAAUUCUGGAAGGAGCAAUUCUUGGGCCUGGAAGCAACACAGUUUCCUGUUCUCCCAGCAGCCUCCUACCAGCCACGAGCCGAUCAGAUGAUCGACCAUGUUAUCGAGCACGUCAACUGGCCUGCUGGUGAUGUAACAUUGUCUACUGUCAUUCGAGCGGCAUGGGCCAUCGUGCUAUCUUGGUAUGCCGGCUCGCCGGAUGCCGUAUUUGGAGUGGUUGUCCUGGGCCGCCAGGUGCCUGUGCAUGGAAUCGAGAGGAUUGCAGGACCUACUAUUGCCACAGUUCCUCUGCGUGUCACUGUUGACAGGGAAAGCACUGUGCAAGAUCUACUCCAGCGUGUGCACCGACAGGCUGCUGAAAUGAUUCCCUUCGAGCACACAGGACUGCAGUAUAUCCGUGGCAUAAGCGAGGAUGCUGCAAGUGCCUGCCGAUUUCAGACGCUUCUGGUCAUUCAGCCUGCUAGCUUGCACGGUAACCUUGCCAAACAGAGUUGCAUAUUCAAGAAGCCUCUGAACAACGCUGAUUUCAGGAGUGGUCGAAAUGGGAUCCUUAAAAAUAUAGGAUCAGAUGCUAGUACUUAUGCGAUAUCAGUUUCAUGCAACAUUCAAGAGUCUGGACUUUGCUUGCAGGUUCACUUUGACUCGAACGUUAUUAGCGUUGUACAGGCAAAGCGGAUAGCCAUUCAGCUGGAGUAUCUACUUCGCCAACUUUGUUCACCGGAUGUGGCUAGUAUGAAAGUUCGAAAUGUUCAAAAGAUUGAUGAUCAUGAUCUGAAUGAUAUCUGGAGUUGGAAUUCAAAUGUUCCUGAGACAAUAGAUGCUUGUGUGCACGAUCUUAUUGCCAAGAAUGUUCAGGAUAAAGCUCUCGAACCAGCCGUAUGCGCCUGGGAUGGAGACCUUACAUAUAGUCAGCUGGACAUACUCUCAACCCGACUAGCAUUGUCUUUUAUGGUAGCGGGAAUUGAACCGCAUAUGACAGUUCCACUACUUUUCGAGAAAUCAAUGUGGACUCCCAUCGCUAUGCUGGCGGUGAUGAAAAUCGGCGCAUGUUCCGCACUUUUAGACGUAUCACAACCUCUUGACCGACUGAAAUAUAUUAUAGGAAAUAUUGAUUCCGCACAUAUAAUUUGUGGCGCCUCUGUGGCCUCUUUAGCUUUAAGCAUUGGCGAUAGAAAGGUUUUCAUUGUUGAAAGAGAGAGACUAUCAGUUACGGAUCCGGACGACACUCCAAGCAUAUUGGAGCCAAAACUACCUCGUGUGAGUCCAAGCGAUCUCUUGUAUGUGGUUUUCACUUCUGGUAGCACUGGAAAACCAAAGGGAGUCAUGAUUACGCAUUCGAACGCUACGAGUGCAGUGAAACAUUGGGGGAUAUUUGGUAUUUCACCAACAUCAAGAGUCGCAGAUUUUGCAUCAUAUGCCUUCGACGUCGCCUGGUAUAACUUUCUCAAUCCUCUCAUUGAAGGCGGAUGCAUCUGUAUUCCUUCUGAAAAAGAGCGCAAACAUGAUCUUGUCAAUUUCAUGAUAAGAACGCGAGUAAAUCAUAUAACGCUUACUCCAUCAGUCGCAUCGGUCUUGGAUCUGCAAUUGGUAUCUGGGCUCCAGACUAUCAUUCUGGGAGGUGAGCUUGUUGAUUUUGACAAGCUAAAGCAUCUGAUGAAAAUCAAAAACAUUGUUGUCGCAUAUGGCCCUGCUGAAUGCACAAUUAACACGACAGCAGUCAAUGUCAAGGCGUGUCAAGUUCCUAAGGGGAGCAUUGGUUUGGGGUGUGGAGCUACCACAUGGGUUCUUGAUCUCUUCAAAGAUACCUUGGUGCCUAUAGGUGCAAUAGGAGAAUUAGCCUUGGAAGGUCCGCUUAUUGGAAAGGGUUAUAUGGGCGGCGCAGAUAGAAUAGCUUCAGCCUUUAUUGAAAGUCCUCCGUGGAUGCUCAGUGGGGCGGCGGGAAUACCUGGACGAGUCGGAAGGAUCUACAGGACCGGCGACUUGGUACGCUAUCACACGGAUGGUACGCUGAUCUUUGUCGGGCGUAAGGACAACCAGGUCAAGAUUCGGGGCCAACGUCUUGAGCUAGGCGAAAUUGAGUCCAACAUCCGUGACCUAAUACCAUCAAAUGACAUGAAAAAUGUGAUAGCUGAAGUGAUUAAUCCACCUCCAGGAUCCAAGAAGGUAAUCGCAGCCUUUUUUACAGUCUCGAGCACUUCACGUGAUGAGAAACUGGAGAAUGAAGCCAGUCCUAUAAUAUCAAAGCUUGAGAUGGAGUUACCACAACGACUGCCAGCAUACAUGAUUCCGGAUGUGUACAUACCCAUCACAGAUAUCCCAAUGACGGCAACUGGCAAAGUCCAUCGAAGAGCAUUAAGAAACAUAGGAGCCUUGAUGUACCAAAGCGCCGUGUCGCGAGGAAAUGAAUCGAGCGCCAGGACAAACAUAGAACCGAGUACGGUAGUCGAAGUGAAAUUGCGAGAAUUAUGGAAGGAGAUUUUGAACAUAGAUGAAGAUGGAAUUAGUACGCAUCACAGCUUCCUCCGCCUUGGUGGUGAUUCUAUUUCUGCGAUGCGUCUCACAGUCCUUGCGCGACAACAAGGCCUUGCUAUUUCAGUUGGUGACAUUCUUCAGCAUCCACAACUAAGUGAUUUGGCCAAAGUCAUAGAGAACCGUCAAGUUCUCCUAGAGGAGAAGGUCAUCCAGCCAUUUUCUCUACUCGGAGAAAGUGUGAACAACGAUGAGAUCCAGCAACAGGCGGCCGACCUGUGCGCUGUUAAUAUAUCACAAGUUGAAGAUGUCUUUCCUUGUACGCCCUUACAGGAAGGCCUACUUGCAAUGACAGCCAAGUCUCCAGAUGACUAUAUACUGCACAUCACAGUUGAGCUACAACCAGAAGUGAAUAUUGAACAGUUUCAAGCAGCUUGGGAAGAGGUUAUUUCUAUAGCCCCAGUUCUACGUUCAUGCAUCACUCAUCUACCAGGUCACGGAUUAGUUCAAGUUGUGCUACGGAAACCAGUUAAAUGGAAAAAGCAAUCAUCUCUUGAAGAGACCACAAGUAAUGGAUUAGAAAACCCACACUCUAUUGGCGUUGGCCAAGACUUGGCACAAUUCGGGAUUACUGUCGACGCAGUAAAUAACAAACGAUAUUUUAAUCUCUUACUACAUCAUGCUGUAUACGAUGGCUGGUCACUUCCACUGCUACAAGAGGUAGCAGAAAAGAUAUAUAAAGGAGAGCCAUAUGAGCCUCUGGUCCCUAUGCAGCCGUUCAUUCGGUAUCUCCAUAACUGUGAUACAGAAACACAGAAUGAAUUCUGGAAGGAGCAAUUCUUGGGCCUGGAAGCAACACAGUUUCCUGUUCUCCCAGCAGCCUCCUACCAGCCACGAGCCGAUCAGAUGAUCGACCAUGUUAUCGAGCACGUCAACUGGCCUGCUGGUGAUGUAACAUUGUCUACUGUCAUUCGAGCGGCAUGGGCCAUCGUGCUAUCUUGGUAUGCCGGCUCGCCGGAUGCCGUAUUUGGAGUGGUUGUCCUGGGCCGCCAGGUGCCUGUGCAUGGAAUCGAGAGGAUUGCAGGACCUACUAUUGCCACAGUUCCUCUGCGUGUCACUGUUGACAGGGAAAGCACUGUGCAAGAUCUACUCCAGCGUGUGCACCGACAGGCUGCUGAAAUGAUUCCCUUCGAGCACACAGGACUGCAGUAUAUCCGUGGCAUAAGCGAGGAUGCUGCAAGUGCCUGCCGAUUUCAGACGCUUCUGAUCGUCCAGCCUCCCACAGUGCAGAGUGACAACAGUGAUAAUGGUCCAUUAUUCAAAAAUGACCUGUAUGACAAGGAACUCACAUCUGGCAAUACUAUGACACAAAUGUUUGACACCUAUGCUAUCAAUUUAAAUGCCAGUGUUCGAAGAUCCUCAUUGCUUCUACAGCUCCGAUUUGAUUCCACUAUAAUCAGUGAACAGGACAUAAAGAGAAUGAUGCAAAGAUUAGAGCAAGUGAUAAAUCAGAUUACCCAACCGGAUCAGACCGCGACAAUGCAGGAUAUCAAGACGGUGUCUGACCAUGAUCUGCACGACAUCUGGAAGUGGAAUGCACAUGUGCCAGAGAUUAUGAAUGGCUGUAUGCACGAAUUGAUUGCUCAAAGGGUCCAGGAAGACCCUGAUGCUCCAGCUAUAUGUGCAUGGGAUGGAGAUUUAACAUACAGUCAACUAGACAAGCUCUCUACUCGGCUGGCUGAACAUCUUAAGGGUCUCGGUAUUAGACCUCGAGAGAUUGUGCCUCUUUACUUUGAGAAAUCAAUGUGGACGCCACUCGCCAUGCUUGCAGUGAUGAAAAUGGGUGCUGCAUCUGUCAUCUUAAAUGCUGCACUGCCAACAGCCCGAGUCCAGAAUAUCAUCGCCCAGGUUAAUGCUAAGCUUAUAUUAACCUCUCAAUCUCAAUUUCACCUGGCUUGUGAGGCAACAGAUAUUCCUGCUCUUAUUGUGAGCGAGUCAGCGCUCUCUAAUCUCCCGCACUUAUAUGAUGUGCCGCAGUUAUUGCCUGUGGACCCAUCAUCUCCUCUAUAUGUUGUGUUCACCUCCGGCAGUACAGGGCAUCCCAAAGGUGCUGUUAUAACCCAUGCCAACUUCUGUAGUGCAGUCCAUCACCAACAGCACGCUCUCGGGUUUUCCAAGACUGCACGGGUAUUUGAUUUUACGUCAUAUGCUUUCGAUGUAGCGUGGUCCAAUGUCCUUCACACCUGGGCUGCUGGUGGCUGCCUCUGCAUUCCCUCAGAGGCAGACCGUCUAGGAGAUAUUGUUGGGUCAAUACGCCGACUUCGUGCAAACUUUCUGCAUCUAACACCUACGGUAGCACGAAUUCUUGACCCGUCAGCCCUAUCUAGUCUAGAGCAUGUCCUAUUCAUUGGCGAGCCACUCAGGCACACGGAUACAGUGCGAUGGAAAGGCAGACCUCAUAUAUACAAUACCUAUGGCCCCGCCGAAUGCACAGUGACAAGCACCAUUGAGCCCAUCAGUCCGAAUGAGACCAAUGACCCUAGUAUUGGCCGAGCUCUCGGCGGUGUGGCUUGGAUUGUGCAACCAGACAAUCCCGACCGUCUCACCCCUGUUGGGUUGAUCGGUGAGCUCUGGCUUGAGGGUCCUAUUGUGGGCGCUGGCUAUUUUGGUGACUAUGAAAAAACCGCAGCUAGCUUUAUCGAAAAUCCGUCAUGGCUUCUCCAGGGAGCUCCUGGAAUACCGGGACGCCGUGGACGGCUGUACAGAACGGGCGACUUGGUCCGCUACAACGCGAAUGGUUCACUGAUAUUCGUUGGUCGCACGGACACACAGGUUAAGAUCCACGGCCAACGAAUCGAGUUGGGAGAAAUUGAGUAUCAUGUCCGUCAAUUACUUAGUAUUCAAUAUGUCCAGCAUGUUGUUGCUGAAAUAAUUUCCUCACAUUCGACAGGCCGUCAAAAGUUGGCAGUCUUCUUCACAAUUUUGGAUGCAAAAGGGAAUGAGGACGCGCAGCAGAAAGCCAGACCAUUCAUAGCGGAACUUGAAAAAGAGUUGCCGCGACGACUACCGUUAUAUAUGAUCCCUUCGACCUAUAUACCUAUCGCCCAGCUUCCCAUGACAGCGUCCGGUAAGACAGAUCGGAAAGUUCUACGCCAUAUUGGGGCGUUAUAUGACUCUCAAUAUGUUGAGACUCCUUUAUCACUCGAUUCCCCUCCAACAACAGAAACAGAACUUCGCCUGUCUAAUUUAUGUGCCAGUAUUCUGAAUAUCGAUUAUGCAACUAUCGAUUUUAGAAAGAGCUUCCCCGAUAUUGGUGGAGAUUCAAUCACGAUAAUGUCGUUGGCCAUAGCGAUUCAAACUCAAUGGAACCUUAAAAUCCCGAUAACAAUAUUAGCCGAACCAGGAAAUUCGCUUCGCGACUUGUCAUUUCUGAUUGAUAACUUUCAGGAGGGUCAUUUAACACAUAAGAAAUCUGCACUUGACAUAGAUCGUGAGAUGAGAGCACUGAGCGACAAGCUGUUCUCGCCUUCGGGUAACGUUCUGUGUGCCGCCCAACGAACGACUGUCUUCGUAACAGGAUCUACCGGUUACUUGGGAACGCAAAUCCUCCGGUCACUCCUCGUCAAUAGAACCUUUGAUAGAGUUGUUUUGCUUGUUCGCCCGAUGGAUAAUCAAGGAGGCCUCGAAAGAGUCAAAAAGUCAGCAGAAUUAGCAGGGUGGUGGGAUGAUAUGUUCGCUUCAACGAUCGAUGUCUGGCAAGGCGACCUCUCCAAAGAGAAAUUUGAUUUAACCGAUUCUCAAUGGCUAUCAUUGAGUGGCUCACAGACGGCGGAUGGUCCUAUUAAUGCCAUAAUUCAUAAUGGCGCCGUUGUACACUGGACAAGUAGUUACGAUAAAUUGAAGAAGGUCAAUGUUGAAUCGACCUUGCAGUUAUUGAGAGUCGCUUUGGCAUCGCCUUGCAUGAAUCGGUUCAUAUACAUAUCCGGAGGUGAAAUUUCUGCAAACAGGGAUGCGAUAUUAUCGAAUAGCGAGACGAACCAGAUGACAGGUUAUGAUCUGACUAAGUAUAUCUCAGAAAGGCUUGUCGGUGCGGUGGUAUCCAAAUAUCCCAACUCCCGAUGUAAAUUCAUGACCAUCAAACCGGCUCUCAUUAUUGGUGACGCUAGCGCAGGUAUCGCAAACCCGGACGAUUUUCUGUGGAGGCUCGUUAUCACUACGGUGCGCUUAAAAGCACGCCCGAUUGAAACCAGGCGGUCAUGGCUCGCAAUCUCUGAUGCAAGGCAUAUAUCGGAAAUUAUCCUGCAGCAAAUGACAGCGUCCAAUACAGAGUACCGUAUUGAGAUUAAACGAGGCAUAUGGCUCGACAACUUCUGGAGUGCUAUAGAGGAUCACCUUAGAGUUGAUCUGAGACCUCUCGCUUGGAAGGACUGGGUCGAGUUAGCAAAAGAGGAAAUGGCACUAGAGCGGGAGCUUCACCCGUUGUGGCCCGUACAGCAAUUUUUAGGCGACUUAGGAACUGUGCUUCAGGACCACGAUGAAUCUUUUGCAAGGGAUGGGGACAUGCUCGAGAUCGAACUCGCUGUGAGACGCAAUCUUGAAUACCUCAAAGACAUAGGUUUGUUACACAUUCAAGAUAGCAACCACGGCCAGCUGCGUGGUGGGAGAGACUUGAUGAAAACGAGGAGGUGUGGCUAA